UUAUCAUUAUUAUACAAUAUUUCAGAUCGUAAGCCAACACAAGAAAACUUAUAUAGAAUCAGUCAAUUGGUGUUGUCGCCCCCUCUCCCCUUUAGGAUCUAAUCCAAGAAGAAAGCAAGAAGCUUUUUGCAUAAAACACAUCGUCAUCCAAAUUUCUUCCUUCCACCUUCACUACCCAGAUCGCCUAAAUAUAGCAGCUUUUGUGUUUUUUUCAAUUUAUAAUUUCUGGGUUUCGUCUGAGGUUUGAGAAAGCUCUGAACUUUCUGAUUCUCCGUGGAAGUUUCUUUCCUGGGUUGUGUGUAAAAAUCUAGGCUAGAUUUGGGGGGAAUUUGAGAGAACUGUGGUGAGAAAUGGAUGGUUCGAGAGGGAGGAGGGUGGAGAAGAGAGGUUAUGAGCAGAGUGUUGAAGAUGAGAGUGAUCACUUGCCUGAUUCGAAAAAGCCCAAAAUGCCUGCUUUAGCAAGUGUGAUUGUGGAAGCUUUGAAGGUCGAUAGUCUGCAAAGACUAUGCUCAUCACUCGAGCCUCUCUUUCGUAGAAUUGUCAGUGAAGAAGUUGAACGUGCUCUCUCAAGGAUGGGAAGUGCUACAUUACCAGGAAGGUCGCCACCACCAAAAUUAACUGGUCCAGGAGGCAAGAGCCUACAACUUCAUUUCCGGACACGGAUGCCACCUCAUCUCUUCACUGGCGCGAGAAUCGAGGGAGAACAAGGAGCAGCCAUCCAUGUUGUCCUGAUAGACUCAUCCACAGGCAGUGUCGUCCAUAAUGGACCAGAAUCAGCAGCCAAAUUGAAUGUCGUGGUUCUUGAGGGCGACUUCAAUGAGGAAACUGAGGAAGACUGGACGGCAGAACACUUUGAGAACUACGAGGUCAAGGAACGUGAAGGGAAGAGACCAUUAUUGACAGGCGAGCUGCAGUUGGUCCUCAAGGAAGGCGUAGGAACUCUGGGAGAUCUCAGUUUUACUGAUAACUCGAGCUGGAUAAGGAGCAGGAAGUUCCGGCUUGGUGUGAAAGUUGCUAGUGGACAUUGUGAUGGGGUUCGUGUUCGUGAGGCCAAGACCGAGUCUUUUGCUGUUAAGGAUCACAGAGGAGAAUGUGAGUUUUUACUGAAACUGAUAGAAAAGUUCUUCUCUUAGUAGCCAUUGAUGUUGCUUGAGACUGAAGAAAUUUGUUUGAAUGAUGACAGUGUACAAGAAACAUUACCCACCAGCUUUACAUGACGAAGUUUGGAGACUGGAUAGAAUAGCGAAAGAUGGGGCGCUGCACAAGAAAUUGGUUAAGUCCCAGAUUGAGACAGUCGAAGAUUUCCUCCGGAUACUCGUUAGGGAUCCUCAGAAACUGAGAAGUAUUCUUGGAAGUGGAAUGUCGAAUAGAAUGUGGGAGAACACAGUGGAGCAUGCCAAGACUUGUGUCUUAGGAGGAAAGCUUUAUGUUUACUACACCGAUGGAGCUCAUAGCACAGGAGUUGUGUUCAACCAUAUAUGUGAGUUACGAGGCCUUAUAUCCGAAGGACAGUUUGUCGCCCUUGAAUCACUUGACCACAAUCAAAAGCUUUCAGUGGAUUCUAUAGUUAAGAGAGCCUAUGAGAACUGGCAUCAAGUAAUAGAAUACGAUGGCAAGGUCCUCACUGCUCUGGCAGCCAACAAGCCACCAAAGAAAGCCUUGCCUCCUCCACCUGUCGCCACGACUAACUACGACGCGCAACAACAUUUUGUAUCAAGCAAUCAAAACAAGCAACUCUACAUCUCCCCAGACCCGCCACAUCCAUCUCAGCUGAUCGACUUCCCGUUCGUAAGGCCAGAUCAUCACCAUCAAGCUACUUCAGCUACCAUUGCCCCUAUGAACAGCAGUAGUCAUCAUCAACAACAGCAGGCUGCAGCAUUGACCAGCAGCAGCAUGGACUUCAUGUCAGUGGGAACACCUGGGUACCAUUCAGGAGGAGACUUUUUCGCAGAGGAAAUAAGGAUGAGAAGCUUGGAGAUGUUGGAAGGAGACGAUAUGCAAAGGCUGCUAAGGUCAUUCGGCAUGGGAAUGGGUGGUGGCUUUGGGGGUGGGACAGGCUUUGGCGGACCUGGCGAUGGUGGUGGUUAUUCUUACAACAUUCAAGGAGGUGGAGGAGGAGGGUAUGAGCCUCAGAUGGAUCAAGUGUAUGCCUCUCAGGAUCGUGGAAGAAGUUCCGGGAAAGCGGUUGUCGGGUGGCUGAAGCUGAAGGCUGCAUUGAGGUGGGGGAUCUUUGUUAGGAAGAGGGCUGCAGAGAGAAGAGCUCAGCUAAUUGAGCUUGAUUGAAGAAAAGAAAUUCUUCUCUUUCAAUGUUUGGUGUCUAACAGUUCGAGUUAGGAGCUUUAUAUGAAUUCUUUUUAUGUUUGAUUGAUUCAAUGACUUGUUGAGAUACAUUGAUGAAUAUUUGAGGCCCUUUUUUUAACUUGACAGAGAGUGCAAGUGUGCAACUGCUUAAUAUUGAGAUUCUUUUGUUGAAAUAUAGUGUUACUGUUGUUAAAAUCAAAGGCAGGUUGAAGGAACUUGAAAGCUUU